CUUGAACAGAGGAUGUAUCGCGACAUUGAUGCAUUAUGACUAUAGACUAAUUUAACCGCCAAAGCCAUAGCCAAUCGGAAACGAAAUCGCAAGUAAGGUGUUAUCGCAACAACGCGUAGGAGAGGUUUCGUGGGUCCUCGUCAUCAAUAUCAUGGCAGUCGGGUAUCAAUGGAGAUAAGUAGUAAGCAGGUAUGGAAGACGAAGAACACCAUAGUAUUUUGGAACUUGAAGUUGUAGAUCGACGAGUGUUGUUGAAACUCAUACUUGCCAGCCAUGCUGCCUGUGGACCCGUUGCGAGGUUCGGCCCUGCGAGGAAAUCCCGGUGGUUUUCGGGAGCCCAGUGCGAAUGUGACUGGAUACGCUGCCAUUGUUGGAUACGUCUUUGCGCUGCUCAGCUUCGUAUCAAUUGAUCUAUUUGUGCUAGAACUGUACAUGCAAGUGAAUGUGUAUCUAUACGUUUGGUUUGUCUACUCUUGAGUUGGUGAUUUUUGCCUUCGCAAAACGUGUGAGCGAACUUGUCCGCUUUUCGAUGUGUUGCAACUUCUGAGAGAGACUUUUCUCUCCCUCUCAUCAAUUAUUUUUUCCCUGAUAAAAAACCGAACAAACAGCUCGGGCUGAUCUUGUGGCUGGUGCUGGUUUGGAUCUCCUGGGGCAACAAGUCGGCGACGAAAACAACACUGUUUUCCAUCCCGCUGCUGCAGAACAUUGUGGCUUGCUGUCGGUGCAUAUGACAGUGCACGACAAGAACUCCCCCUCCCCCUCAUUUGUAUAGCACGAACGGCAAUACAAGCAUCAGCAAGAGUGCUGGUUUUGCAUGACGAAUUUGCACUGGAGUGUAAUGCUAUUUGGGCUACGAGAACUUGUCACGCAAAUAGUGCCAAGAGGCAAAGGGUGGAUUGGGUAUUUUGCAUGACGAAUUUUUAGGGGGAGCGGGAGUUGUGCACUUUCAUAGUGCAGGAGCCUUUUCAGCCGGGUCUUGGGCGAAGAAGAGGAAGGUCAGUCUUCUUCUGAUCCAGACGACAGCGACGAGUCGUGUCCCGAGUCCGCUAACGAAGAAGAAUCCCGUGCGAUGAACGGCGCAAACUCGCGGCUAGACAAGUCAGGCGGCGCGCUGAGCAGUACAGUGACAACCCUCGUAGCAGAUGGUACAACAUCGAUGGCACAGGAGUCGUCGGGGAAGCCACUACAACUUCCAAUGAUAUCGAGUAAAACUUCCUCAAAAAACAAGAAGAAGACCAGCAGAUGGACGCGCGUAACCGAACUUCAUCAAGCAAGGGAAAAGAAUUUCGCCGCCGAGGAGAGCGUGGGGGUCGCGGUGCGGAAGCCAAAACGGAGUUCGAAGCAAGCGACUGGCGGUGUGGAACAAGAUGGCAGUGGCCGUGCCGAUGGGGACCACGAACUACACGACCCUAGCACGGCCAGGAAGGGCUCGAAGAACACGGGUGCCUCGAGCAAAUACAAGCCGUUCAAGCUGCGGUCGUACAUGGAAGCAUCGCCAUUUGGUCCAUGAAUACGGCGUUCUCAUGGACUUUGUAAAAAUACGAGAUGAGUUGGAGCUGUUGCCCAUUACACUGAAGCUCGCGCUUCUCUUUACUUCUGCCGUACAAGUAAUUUCCAAUUUUCAUAGCCUCAAUGUAUCAAUUUGGAAUGUACAGAAUUUAUACGAAAAUUAGAAUGAUAGCUACUGAAUCUUCCCAUUAUGUUCAUAAUUGUACAAGACUCGCCGGUGCAAGUGCAUUGAUGAAGAGAAGAAGUCAUUCAAGUUGCGUCGCUCGUAUCAGGAUAAGGAACGACAGCUGUAUGAAAGCUUGAGAUUUUCAGAAAAGGUAAAAGAAACAGCAAAAGAGCAGAAAAAAAGACAGCAUCGACCUGCUCUACUGUCGUCGUGCGCGGUACAUGC